AUGCCCCUUUUUUUCUUAUUACAUUAUUCUGACAUUGUUGCUGUCCAAGUCUUUCGCUCCUCUUUUGCCGUUACCUUGACUGUAGCUUUCGGGUCCCUCCGCCGUGCCAGAAAGACUGGUAACAACAGGGUCUCCCGUGCUGUCGGUGUUCUCCUCGAGAUUGAGAAGAUUAGUGAUGAAUACUUUUCAUCUAUAACAAAGUGUGAAGAUCCUGAAGCUUGCACUAUCCUCCUCUGUGGUCCUUCUAUGGUUAUCCUUUACGAAAUCAAACGCAAUCCGCAAGACGCAGUAGCUGUAGCGCGCAAUGGCUUUUUCUACUGCUGGUUAGCUUCUGAAGGUGGCGCAGUCGAGGUGGAUAUCUCUGUGCAUCUUGCCGAGAUCUCAGAAUCUAUCGAAGGUAUGCAGCAGUGGCCAUACAAGGGAGUUGUAGAAGCCCUCGAAUUACGUACGAAGCAUCUCGCGAAGGAGCAUGCCCGGGGCAUUGACGGCGGGACCGGUAAGAUUGUUGAUAUGAAGGAAUAUGGUGUCUGGGAGCCUGAGGCAGUAAUGCCGCAAAGCGUCAAGACAGCUAUUGAGUCUACUUGGCUUCAACUUCGUGUAGAUGAAAUCUGCAGCGCCAAGGGAGAUAAACAGAGUGGCAGGGCUGGCAGGGGUCAAGAGGAAUAG